AUUUGUAUUCAUUCCUUACAGGUUUAGGAUUUGACAUGUGGUGGUUUCAGCAAGGGCUGAGUAUCUUGCCUUCGGCCCUCGUAGUGUGGUCAUCUGCUUCAUUUAUAUUUUCAUACAUUACUGCGGUCCUCCUUCGUCACGUUGACCCUUUGGUGCCUUACAUCAGUGACACAGGGACAGUACCUCCUGAAAGAUGCUUGUUCGGGAUAAUGUUAAACAUUUCUGCUCUUUUGGGCAUUGCUACCAUGUAUGUCCGAUACAAGCAAGUCUUUUAUUUGAAUCCUGAAGAAGCUACAAUCCUCAAGUUAAAUAAAGUUGGCUUGGUGUUAGGAAUGGUCAGUUGCUUUGGGCUUUGCAUCAUUGCAAACUUCCAGAAAAGCACUCUGAUUGCCAUGCAUGUUGUUGGAGCUUGCCUCACAUUUGGAGUAGGAACCUUUUACAUGCUGGUUCAGACCAUCCUUUCCUAUAAGAUGCAACCCUCAAACAACAGUGUUUUCAGGAUCAGACUGAUGGUUCUGUUGUGGUGCGCAGCGAGCAUAGUGAGUAUGUUUAUUUCUUCAGUCAUUUUAUAUAGUGGCCGGUGUGGAGUGGAUUUAGUACAGAAGCUGCACUGGGACCCCAACGAGAAAGGCUACAGUAUUCACAUUGCGAGCACAGUCUCUGAAUGGUCUUUGGCUUUCUCUUUCCUCAGCUUUUUUCUUACUUAUAUCCGUGACUUCCAGAAAAUCACCUUGUAUGUAGUAGUGCAGCUGGAUGGAUACAGUCUUAACUAUAUAAACCCACAGUUUACAGCAGAUGAACCACGACUGCCGAUCUCAGGAAACUUAUGAG